GAGGGAGGUCUCUCAAUGCAGAUCGCGAAAUGAGUCCGUGGCUUUGGUGUUUGCCAAUCAACAGUUACUGAGACUGACGCAAGCUAGUAAAGGAAAGGGGGACUGGCACGGAGCAGAACAAGACUCCGUGCAAACAAUUGGAACAGGAAGCGAGGAAGGAAAGGGUCUUUCACCCGGAGGAAGACUGGCAAACGCAUUGGGAUUGUGACAAGACAGCCACACAGUAGCUCCAGAGACCACCCAUUGUCCACUGAAGAUCAGAAGAUGAACAACACCCUGUCAAACACUUCCAUCAAGUGUGUGCGGGAUACCAGUGUGACAGCUGUGGUUUUCCCCUGCCUGUAUAGUAUCCUCUUCAUAGUCGCCAUGAUACUGAAUUCCCUGGCUGCAUGGAUCUUCUUCAGCAUCCCCAGCACUUCAACAUUCGUGGUCUUUCUAAAAAACGUGGUGGUGGCUGACUUGCUGAUGACUCUGACCAUCCCUCUGAGAGUCUUAAGUGAUGCAGGUGUGGGCUCCUGGCAACUACGCGCCUUCCACUGCCGAUACUCUGCCGUUCUCUUUUACAUCACCAUGUACAUCAGCAUCCUCUUGCUGGGCCUCAUCAGCCUGGACCGCUACCUGAAGAUAGUCAUGCCCUUUGGGAAGUGUGUCCUGCAGCGGGUUGGUGUAGGUCAGGUGCUGAGUGCAGCCAUCUGGGUGGUAAUGCUAUCUUUAGCAUUACCCAAUGUUAUCCUGAGUGACCAGCCACCACGGUUCUCUGGAGGCAGACUGAAGUGCACGUCCAUGAAGAGCAAAGCCGGCUUGCUCUGGCACGAAGGAUUCAACUACUUCUGUCAGGUGAUUUUCUGGGGCACGCUAGCCUUGAUGGUGGUUUGCUACACUUUCAUCAGCAAGCGGGUUUAUGAAUCAUACAAAACCUCAAAGAGCAGGUCUCAAACAGCCACUCGCAGAACCAAGGCAAAGGUUUUUGUGGUGGUGGGAGUGUUUUUCGUCUGCUUCGCCCCAUUUCACUUUGCUCGCGUUCCCUAUACUUUAACCCAGACGGGCAGCAUGGCGAGUCAUUGCCAGGCACAGAACGCGCUCUACAUUGCCAAGGAAACCACCCUGUGGCUGUCAGCCACUAACAUAUGUCUGGACCCACUUAUCUAUGUGUUCCUCUGUAAGCUGUUUAGAAAAAGACUGACGGCCACACUGUACCGUAAGCCAAUCCACAAUGGCACCAUGGAGUCUGCCACAGCAACAUCGACUCAGCUGGAGAUGUCACAGAUAACCAAAAGUAACAGACUGUCAUAUAAAGGGAUACCCCAGUAACAAUACAAGUAAACAGUGUGUGUGAGUGGACGAUGUACAACAGGACAGAAUUAAUAACUGUAGCUGUUGGGAUGAGAAGUAAAUGUAAAUAGCACUUUAUCUUCAUGGCACAUGUUGUAAAAUGAAUGCAAUGUGAUCAAAAUGUCAAACAUGUCUGGAGGUUGCCUUGAGAAUUCAUGCCAACGAUGAUUACUGUUUAUGAUGCAGUACCAACCAAGCACUUCUGGUCCAAGUUUGCCAACUCAUCCACCACACUUCCUCCUAUCACUUUCUACUUCCUGUACUCUAAUCUUGUUUAAACUGUACUUUCCCUUAAAACAUCUUGAGCACACAUUCUCAGAGGAUUACACCACACACAGUGUGACCAAGAAUGCAUGCAUGCAUAAAGAUUGCAAUAGAAUUUGCUUAAAGCUAUAACUGCUGAGUAAUACAAAAAUAAUAAUAAAAUUCAUAUUCAUAUUUUUCAUACUACAAUGGCAUGGUGUGGAGGAGUUUUAAUAUGAAUCUUAAUAAAAAAUAGUGUUUUUAUGGGACAACUAAGUUGAGGUCGUAGGAUAGUUGAGCCUGCAUUUGUCAUAAAAGAAAGCGUAUAUUAUAUGCACUGCUGCACGUGCACCAGUGCAGCAACAAAGGCAGCCAACAGGAAUGGGGGGACAAAACCACCUAAACGCAGUUGCUCUGCCACAGUGAUGUACACAGAAGCCGUUGAUAUGAUUCAGUUCAUAUGCUCAAGAUCAUGUAAAAUAUAACAGAGGAAAUGAAAGGGAAAAACACAUCUAAAUAACACCCAGCAAAGCUGCAAACAUCGACAAGCAGGACUUUUCACAAUAUUGCAGUAGCUUCAGUACGUCAUUAAUUUUGAAUUGAAUAAGAGGAUUAAAAAAAACAUAUAAAACUGGAAUAAAUUCACUUUUUCAACACCCAGAA